GUACUUGGUGAUGUAAAGCGGUUAGGGCUGGAUAUCCGCCAACUCAAGAUGGAAUGUCGUCAAGCACUGGCUGAUAAAGGCUAUGAUCCAACCACAUUGUUAUACAUUGCUAACUCUGCCAUCCAAAACCCUCAUGUAUUUUCAAGUAAAGCUGAGUUGGACUACUAUUAUUCUCAACGUCAGUACAGUUCGGACACUGCUCCGUCAGAGGAGCUGCACCCGCUGCCUCACUCCAGCCCUUCAUCUGAGGAUGGCACAGUAACUGCACUGCGACCCGAGAUAUGGAAGGCUCUGAUUGCACUAGCCUAUCUGUUUGUUGUCACGUGGAUCACUGCCUUUGUAAUGGUGAUUGUACAUGACCGAGUGCCUGACAUGAAGAAAUAUCCGCCACUGCCGGAUAUAUUCCUGGAUAAUGUGCCUCAUAUCCCCUGGGCCUUUCACAUGUGUGAGUGGACAGGGACCCUUCUGUUGCUCAUCUGGCUCUGUGUUCUGCUCUUCCACAAGUACAGGUUUAUUUUGCUGCGGAGGUUCUUUGCUCUGUCGGGAACAGUGUUCCUGCUGCGUUGUGUGACCAUGCUGAUCACCUCUCUAUCCGUCCCUGGCACUCACCUGCAGUGCAAUCCUCGAAAUUCUGAUGACAAUGCUUCUGGUGAAGAUUUUGAUGAUGGCCCUGGAACAGAGACAGGACUGAUGGAUGUGUUGUCCAAGAUGCAGCAGGCCUACAUCAUCUGGAAGGGCGCUGGCAUGUCUAUACAAGGAGUUCGCACUUGUGGCGACUACAUGUUUAGUGGCCACACUGUUGCUCUCACCAUGCUCAACUUUUUCAUCACUGAAUAUACUCCGAGAGACAUUUACCUACUCCACACAUUUACGUGGAUGAUGAACUGUUUCGGAAUUUUCUUCAUCCUGUCAGGACAUGAACACUACUCAAUUGAUGUGUUUAUCGCAUUCUACAUCACCUCGCGCUUGUUUCUGUACUAUCACACGCUGGCCAACAACCAGUCUCUUAUGCAGAGGGACACGGGUAGGACCCGCAUCUGGUUCCCGCUCUUCAGCUUCUUCGAGUCCGACGUGGAUGGUAUUGUUCCCAACGAGUAUGAAUCUCCAAUUGUUGUCCUCAAGCAGCUCUUCCGCUUGGCCAAGCAGAUGUACAAGAAGGCCGUUUUGUUGUUCCACUCGCAUUACUCCAAUGUCAUGUCGGAAACCAGAAUUAACCAGACUUCGUCUUCGAUCCGAAGAAACAAAAGGAAAGCUCAGUGACCUUUAUUUAAAGGUUGUUGUUUUGCUUCCAUUUACAUUUUGUAGAUAUCAUAAUGUUAACAGAGCUUUUCAUAUUUAUAUUGCUGUUACACUGUUGGAAUUUGUAUAGUUGUACAGUUUGUUGUACACAUGCUUUGUUGAUGUUUAUAAAAGCACAUAUAUUUUUAUUAUUUAUAAUUCAUCAGUUACUGAUAUCCUCCAUUGUAAAUUUUUUAGUUCCUAUGCGAAUUGUAUCUUUUUAUUGAGCAUUUACCUGUAAAUAAUAUUUAUUAUAGCAUAUCAUUAGUAAUAGUAGCUUUAUUAUACUGAGGGUCAUUCAUAGAUUCAUUAUUAAAAGUAUGUUUUUGACAAUAAAGUUUUUAGUCUUGUGGUCCUGAUUUUGAUUUUAUUCAAAGUUUUAUUGCUUAUCACAGUGAAAAAUGUAUAAUUGGUAUAUAUUGCUUUCCUAUUUGAAUAUUUCGUAUUGGUGGAUCAAUGUACAGUAAAAAGUGUCACAAAAACAUUAUCAUAAUUGAAGAUUAUUUUAUAGAAAUAUAAUUGUUAUUUUUAAUAUAAGUUAUUGUUAUAUAAAUUGUAUUUAUUAAAUUUAUAUUGUUUCUUUAAUUAGAGUAUUAUAGUAAAUCACAGAUCUACAAUAUUAAAAUCGUAAACAAUG